ACUCGGCGCUUCCGCAUCCUCUUGUGCGCAUCGUUCGAUGAGGUAUUUGGUGUGGACUCACGAGGCGGUCUCUGUGACGCAAGAAUGAAAGAGGUUGAUAAUAUCAGGGCUGGCGAGCACGAGAAGCUCUCACUAAUCAACACGUCCGCCACGGAAUUUCCGUGA